GCAGAGAGAGGAGCAAUCGUCUGGAAAUCGUUUCACUCACACACGCAUCUCUCCGCCGCGCAAGGUGAAUCGUUGAACGAGUGAAGCUGAGGAAGCUCCCCAGUUGUUGCGAAACUGCGAGAGGACCGUUUCCAAAUCUGGCAUCCGAUGGACAGAACAUUGCGAAUGUAUUUCUCUUUCGCAUGCAGUGGGAAAUCUCAGCAGUGAAAACAGUGUGGGAAUGGUGGUCUAUUAGCUUAGUGUCAGUCACAAAAUUUUCUAGCAAGGGAAUGCAGUGACAUCGGUUCAGAGGUGCGCUACCUUACAGGGUUCCCUUCAACUAAAGAAGACGGACAAUACUGACGUUUGGUCUCACAAAAUUCGACUUAUCACCCGCUCGUCGCCGAGAGAAACGGUAUCAGAAUCCAUCGGACCGUUACUGGGAUUCUUGGAAUUGGACGGAAUUGUAGUCCAUGAUAGUUUCUGUGGAUUUUCUUCCGGCAGGGAUAUUGCGUUUUCGUACAUUCUGGAUUCUUUAACGUGGGGGUUUGCGUGCUGAAGUGGCUGCCUCCAGGAGCGGAGAGGGGACGCGGCUCCCGGCUCAAGAGAAGCGCACGGUGCCGGUUGACUGAGGAGUUAUCGCCCGCAAAGGCUGAAGCGAGCCAGUCGCUGGUGUGAUGGAACUGCUGCUGGGCGCUGCUCUGUUUUGGGCUCUGCUGCUGGGGUCCGGUGGCCAGCCUCCAGCUGAUAUCCGCUACAAGCUGCCAGAGGAACAGCCCCCCAACUCCCUGGUGGGCAGCCUGGCCGCCGACCAGGGCCUCCCGGACUCGGGCCACCUGUACAAGCUGGAGGUGGGCGCCCCCUACCUGCGGGUGGACGGAAAGACGGGCGACAUCUUCACCACCGAAUACCCCAUCGACAGGGAGACGCUGAAGGACUGCCGCAACCUGUUCGAGGGGGACCCCUGCUUCCUGGAGUUCGAGGUGUCCAUCACGGACCUGAACCAGAACCAGGGCCCGCGGUUGAUCGAGGGGCGCAUCGAGGUCCUGGACGUCAACGACAACACCCCGCAGUUCUCCUCGCCCAUCCUGAACCUGCCCAUCCCGGAGAACACCCACGUGGGGGCGCUCUUCCCCAUCCCCAUCGCCAGCGACAGGGACUCCGGGAAGAACGGGGUGGCCGACUACGCCCUGACGGCAGGCCCGGACGCCGCCGCCCUGUUCAGCCUGCAGGUGGCGGUGGACCAGGACGAGAAGCUGCCCCAGCUCAUCGUCAUGGGCAACCUGGACCGCGAGCAGAAGGACUCCUACGACCUCAACAUCAAAGCGGUGGACGGGGGUAAGCCCCCACGCUACAGCAGUGCCUUGCUCAGGAUCACCAUCACCGACACCAACGACAACGCGCCCAAGUUCGAGAAGCUCAACUACGAGGCCGAGCUGCCGGAGAACAGCCCCGUCGGACACUCCGUCCUGCAGGUGAAGGCCAAUGACUCUGACAUGGGGCCGAACGGGGAGAUCGAGUACAACCUGCACCAGGCGUCCGAGGCCGUCCAGAGACUGCUCCGCAUCGACCGGACCAGCGGGGUGAUCUACGUCAAGGGCCUGGUGGACCGGGAGGAGGUCAGCAUCCUCAAGUUCCACGUGGUGGCGAGGGACAAAGGCCCGGCCACCAAGAGCUCGAGGGUUCCCGUGAUCAUCAACAUCAAGGACCAGAACGACAACGCGCCCACCAUCGAGAUCCGCGGGAUCGGGCUGGUGAUCCACCAGGACGGGGUGGCCAACAUCUCCGAGGACAUGCCCAUCGGGACGCCGGUGGCGCUGGUCCAGGUGUCGGACCGGGACGAGGGCGAAAACGCCGUGGUCACCUGCGUGGUGGCCGGAGACGUCCCGUUCCAGCUGCGCCCGGCCAGCGAGUCUCCCAACGACCGCAAGAGGAAGUACUUCCUGCAAACCACUACCCUUCUGGACUACGAAAGGGUCAAAGACUACCGGAUAGAGAUCGUCGCUGUGGAUUCCGGGAACCCCGCUCUCUCCAGCACAAACUCGUUGAAGGUUCAAGUCACGGACGUGAAUGACAACUCCCCCAUCUUCUCCCCGCUCUUGUUCGAGGUGGAUUUCGCGGAGGAGAACCAGCCUGGGGACAAGGUGCUGGAUGUCACGGCCUCAGAUGCCGACAGCGGGACCAACGCUGAGCUCACCUACAGCAUCAUCGUGGAUUCGGCGACAAAGGGGCUGUUCGAAAUCAACCCCAACACGGGGGAGGUGCGGGUACGCAACCAGUUGGACCGCGAACACCGGGAGCGUUAUGAGUUCCAUGUUGCGGCAGCCGACAAGGGCGUCCCUAGCCUGCGGGGCACAGCCACGGUGGUCGUUAGGGUGCUGGACCGCAAUGACAAUGACCCCAAGUUCAUGUUGAGUGGCUACAGCUUCUCCGUAUUGGAGAACAUGCCCCCGCUAAGCCCUGUCGGCAUGGUGACGGUCAUUGACGCGGACAAAGGGGAGAACGCGCGGAUCCACCUGUCCGUGGAACCUGACAACGGCAAGUUCGUCAUCCAGAACGGCACGGGCACCAUCUUGUCCAGCAUCUCGUUCGACCGGGAGAAGGAGAGCACCUACACAUUCCGUCUGAAGGCAGUGGAUGGCGGAGACCCUCCGAGGUCCUCCUACGUGGGCGUGACCAUCAAUGUCCUGGAUGAGAAUGACAAUGCUCCCUAUGUUACCAAGCCCUCAAACUCCACGUAUAAGUACCUGCCUCCUUUCACCAGCCCAGAGACGCGAGUGGAGAGGGUGGAGGCGGAGGACAUCGACACCGGACCCAACGCGGACCUGGCCUUCAGCAUCACCGGCGGCAACCCCCACGCGCUCUUCCGAAUCUCUCCCACCGACGGGGAGAUCACGUUGGUGAAGGAGUUCACCCACAAACAUAACGGGCUGCACAGGCUAGUGGUGAGGGUGAGCGACAAGGGAAAGCCCGCAAGGCACACCACCGCUCUGGUGCACAUCUACGUCAACGAGACCAACGGAAACGUCACGCUGGUGGAGUCGCUGGUCGGCCACAGCCUCGACACCCCCCUGGACAGAGACAUCGCCGGCGACCCCGACUACAGCAACCCCGCCCAUCGCAGCAACAUCCUGUACGGCAGUCUGGCCGGGAUCGCCGGGGUCAUACUGGUCAUCGUCAUCGUGGUGGUCAUCCGCCACCACCUCCAGAAAGAGGCCAAGAGCGGGUACCAGGCGGGAAAGAAGGAGACCAAGGACCUGUACGCGCCCAAGCAGGGUCCCAAGAGCAGCAAGACCAAGAAGGGGAAGAAGGGAAAGGCCCCGAAGCCGGCCAAACCUCUGGAGGAGGACGAAGAGGCCAGUCUGCAGAAGAGCCUGAAGUUCAACCUCAUCAACGACGGGGUCAACGACAGCCCCAGGAUCCACUUGCCACUGAACUACCCCCCGGGCAGCCCUGACCUGGGCCGGCACUACCGCUCCAACUCCCCGCUGCCCUCCAUCCAGCUCCAGCCCCAGUCCCCCUCAGCCUCCAAGAAGCACCAGGCGGUGCAGGACCUACCCGCCACCAACACCUUUGUGGGAACGGGGGACAACAACUCGACCGGCUCGGACCAGUAUUCGGAUUACAGCUACAAGGCCAACCCCCCAAAAUACAGCAACAAACAGCUGCCUCACCGCCGAGUGACAUUCUCCACAGCCAAUCAGGCGCAGGACCUUCAGGACCCCUCCCAGCACAGUUACUACGACAGCGGCCUGGAGGAAUCGGAGACCCCCAGCAGCAAGUCCUCUUCGGGGCCCCGCAUCGGGCCCCUGGCCCUGCCCGAAGACCACUACGAGAGGACCACCCCCGACGGCAGCAUCGGCGAGAUGGAGCAUCCGGAGAACGAUCUCAGGCCUUUGCCUGACGUGGCUAUGACGGGGAACUGCACGCGGGAGUGCACCGAGUUCGGCCACUCUGACUCCUGCUGGAUGCCGGGCCAACCGUCGCCGAACCGCAAGACCAAGAACGCCCCCAAACUCUCCACCUUCGUGCCUUACCAGGAGAGAGAGGGGCAGGAGCGGCUGACCGGCGGCAGCCCCAAGCUGGUGGAGGAGCGGAGCAACAACAAGGUGGCCAACAUCCGGUUCCUGCCUCCCUACAGUGCCUACUCCAGUGGCAGCGGUCACGAGCCAGCCAAGGACUGCCCUCUGGAGGAGAUCCCCCUUAACCAGACCUCCGAGUUCCAGUCCACCACCUCGCCCUCCAGCCAGACCUCCAAGAGAGAAAUCUACCUGUGAAGAGACGCCCCCUCCGGCCCCAAAUUACCCCAACCGCCAACCCGCCCCUUGUCCAAGCCGCCCCCUGACCCCUGACCCCUGACCCAUCCCCCCGUGCCUGAUUGCUGGGCUGUCGGAGACAUGCCAUAGCGUACCACUCGCUUUUUUUUGUAACCAAGACAAGGCUUUAGAAUCAAAAAAACAAAAAAACAAACAAAAAAAAAAUGUUGGUGAAAUUUAAAUGAAGAAAAACAAACAAAACCGCUAACCGAAGGAAUGUAAACAAUGGUUUUGUUUAAAUACUGUAAGCAAUUGAUUUGAUGUGAUUCUUUUUUAAUACAUUUUAUUUUUAUUUUAUGUUUCCUUUUUAAAAGUUAGGGCAAUGCCGUUACAGUCAAAACUGAAAACAAUCAAAAAGAUUGUAUAUAUAUUAUAUAUAAAUAGAAAUAUAAAAGGAUAUUACUAUUCAUGUUUUUUUUCCUUUACGUUUGGUUUGGAAGCGAUUGAUGUGGCCUGCCAAUUCCAGGAACUCCAAAGCUGCAAUCAAUACUGCUGUGCUGAAACGGAUGUUUUGUGAGGUACAGAACACAUCAACACAUUGACCUAAGAAUCAACACCUCCACCCAACAGCAGUACAGCCCUGACAUCGAUCACCAAUGCAACCGAGAGGUUUUUAUUACUGUAUAGCACUGUAAAUACACUGGGCGGCAUGCCUUCUACGGCGUGCUUUCCGCGGACCGCUCUGAAGAGAUUCAGAACUCUUUUUCUGUUGUCCUUGAUGUUUACGGUGAUGUGGAACUUUGUGUUAGCGAAGUGCUGUUUCCCCUCCGAGGGGGGCGGGACAGUUUACAGGAGCGCAGGAAGGAGGGGACGGGCUCUUGAAUUACACUUUUUUGCCACACAAUUCUCUGAACCAGGGCAGAGGGCCCGCCUCCCGGUUCCUCGUCUUUAAUCGGCUUUGGGUGGGAAAGAGAAAGGACGAGCGAAAAGAAGAAGGAUGAGAAGAAAGCCGGGCUCCUGUUGGCCUUUUGAGGUGUCCGUGUUCUGGAGAACCCCGCUGUCGACACGCAUCGGUGCUACACCACCUCUUCACCUCUUCCACCAACCCCCCCAUACAUGAGGCCGCACUAUAAACCCCCCCGCCCAUAGACCACGCCCUUAUAGAGGGUACGCCACCACUACGUUUGAUGAUACGGUUUGAUGAUAGCUGUAGUCUAUGUCUCCGUAGAGCAGGCCACACUCUGGGGCAUAUUUGUAGUAGGAGACAUUGAGAAGAUUAGGCCUCCCCAAACACAACACCGCGGCUACCAGUAUCCCAGAUAAGCUGACACUGUAACCGGGGUCAGGGCACUGAAUCCCGGACAUGGUCGUGAUCAAAAUGGAGGUUGCAGUGUGUGGUGACAAAUGCGGGACUUUGUCGACUUUGACUUCUCCAAACGCAGGACUUGAUCGUGCUGACUGGACCAUAACAGUUACAUACACGGGGUCUGGCAGACUGUGCUUGGUCCAAAUGUAGGACGCGGACAAUCCCGGGUGAUCCAAAGGCCGGACUCGU